AUGGGGGCUGAACAGUCCUCGAACUCGGAAUCUCGUCGUGCCGACGCUGGGGAACCUCAGAGGACGUGCUACUAUGAGCUUCUGGAAGUUGACAGGACUGCCACUGAUAUCGAAAUAAAAAAAGCAUAUCGCAAGAAGGCCCUAGAACUGCACCCGGAUCGCAACUUCAACGAUGUGGAAGCAGCCACUAGAAAGUUUGCCGAUGUGCAGGCCGCUUAUGACAUCUUGUCCGACCCUCAAGAAAGAGCUUGGUACGACUCGCACCGCGAGAGCAUCUUGAGUGGCCAGCAUGACCCCAGCGAUGUCUCUUCCACGCCUGCAACAUUCCAUAACGUGCGCCUCACCACCGCAGAUGAUAUUAUGCGCCUCAUCUCUCGAUUCAACUCCACAGUCCCAUACACGGAUGACAAAGAUGGAUUCUACUGGAUUGUAAGAGAAACGUUCGAACACUUGGUUCUGGAGGAAGAAGCUGCCGCCGACUACGAGGGCACUGAAUGCCCCGAGUAUCCCACAUUUGGCUUGUCAAGCAGUAGCUUCGAUACCGUCGUCAGGCCGUUCUACAACGCCUGGAAUGGCUUCAGCACGAGGAAAUCGUUCAUGUGGGAAGACAAAUAUCGCCUUUCAGAUGCUCCAGACCGCAGGACCAGGCGUUGGAUGGAGAAGGAAAACAAAAAGAUCCGAGAUGACGCUAUUCGAGAAUUUACCGAUGCCGUUCGAUUCCUAGUCUCGUUUGUCCGAAAACGAGACCCUCGCUAUACUCCAAAUUCGCAGAGCGAGGCAGAUCGCCAUAAAUCCCUCCGGACCGCCGCCGCUGCCCAGGCCGCGCGAUCACGAGCUGCCAACAAUCAAAAUUACUCGUCAUUUGAAGUGCCAGAAUGGGUCCAGGCCAGCGAAGAUAAGGUGGAUGAGCAAGAUUCCGAAACUGGGGAAUCUGAAGCUGAGAUUCUGGAAUGCGUGGCAUGUAACAAAAGAUUCAAAAGCGAAAAGCAGUUCGAAUCUCAUGAACGUAGCAAGAAGCACCUCAGGGCCAUUCAAGAGUUACGCCGGCAGAUGAAAAAGGAAACGGCAAACCUGGAUUUAGAUGCUUCGAGCACUGAUAAUACGCCCGAUACGUUCUUGAAGGAUGACCGAGACGUGCAGACUGUAAGUAUAGAUGCGCAGGAUCACCAGGCUGAUAUGGACAUGGAGACUACGUCCUCUUUAACGGAGCAAACAAGUAUCCAUGAUGAUGAGCAAGAGGCAUCUACAAAGACAGAUGCAUCACCAAGUCGGGAUGCGUCAGAAGCGGACUACAGCGCAAAACAUAUCAAAGAGGGACUCGACAAGCCAUUUCAGAAGCUAAAUCUCCAGUCAACCAAAGAAGAAUCAACAUCUAUUGACCCUGGCGAAGAGAUAUCUGAUUAUUCUUCUAAACACCCCCAAAAUAACUCUGCUGAGGACGUGAAAUCGAAAAGCAAAGUGGGAAAAGCCAGACUCAAACGCCAGAAGAAAGCUGCCGCUGCUCUGGCAGCCGAAAAUGAGGUAUCCAAUGCACACAGUCCAAUUGAUUCUGAAACGUACUAA